AUGCCCCAGAAGACCAAGGCCAAGAUCGUCAAGGACGUCACGCAGCUCGUCCUCGCCCGCCGCACGCGCAUGUGCAACGUCCUCGAAUACAAGGACACGAAGGUCGUCUACCGGCGGUACGCCUCGCUGUUCUUCGUCUGCGGGAUCGGAUCGGGCGACAACGAGCUCGUCACGCUCGAGAUCGUCCACCGGUACGUCGAGGUCCUCGACAGGUACUUUGGAAACGUGUGUGAGCUAGACUUGAUUUUCAACUUCCAGAAGGCGUAUGCGAUUCUCGAUGAGCUCAUCAUCGCCGGCGAGCUGCAGGAAUCCUCCAAGAAGUCUGUGCUUCGCGUGGUCACGCAAUCGGACAGCAUUGAGGACCAGGAGAACAGCGAGGAUACAAUGGCGCGGCUGGGUAGUCUGGGCUCCAGAGGGCCGUAG